AUGGAAGAGGCUGAUGUUAACAGCUACGGCAACUUUAAGGAGCCUUCGAAAGUUGAUGGUCACAGAGUUUCAAAGUUACUACAUAGGCUGAGCGGACAACCAGAGUCGUUUGUCAAUAAGAAGGAUUAUAUCUUUGGCAAAACCCUUGGAGCAGGGACUUUUGGUGUUGUUAGGCAAGCAAGAAAGAUCUCGACUCGGGAAAACGUAGCGGUGAAGAUACUGCUGAAGAAAGCAUUGAAAGGGAAUGAUGUGCAAUUGCAAUUGCUUUACGAUGAACUGAAAAUCCUACAGAAGCUGGAUCACCCCAAUAUCGUAAAGUUUAAGGACUGGUUUGAGUCUAAAGACAAGUUUUACAUUGUUACCCAGUUAGCGACGGGAGGAGAGCUGUUCGAUAGGAUAAUAUCGAAGGGCAAGUUUACUGAGAAGGACGCCGCCAAGAUUAUGAAGCAGAUUUUAAGUGGUGUGCAAUAUAUCCAUUCGAAAAACAUUGUUCAUAGGGAUUUGAAGCCGGAAAACGUCUUGUACAUCAGUCCGUCGGAUGAUUCCCCAUUGGUGAUUGCCGAUUUCGGUAUUGCCAAGGAAUUGAAGAGUGGCGAUGAUCUGAUCUUCAAAGCCGCUGGCUCGCUAGGCUAUGUGGCACCUGAAGUCUUGACCACAAGCGGACACGGAAAGCCGUGCGAUAUUUGGUCGGUCGGUGUCAUAACGUACACGUUGCUGUGUGGAUAUUCACCUUUCGUGGCCGAAAGCGUAGAGGGAUUUCUAGAGGAGUGUACAGCGGAGCGGAACCCUGUCAAGUUCCAAAAGCCGUAUUGGGAUGACAUUUCUGUGGAUGCUCGAAAAUUCAUCCUACGUGCCUUGGUGCUUAGCCCUAAGAGAAGGCCUACAGCUUCAGAACUUUUGGAGGACCCAUGGAUCGUCAAUUGUACGCACACGAAGGAUAUAUUACCAAGCGUUAAGAGAGUGUGUGACGCUCGUGCCAAGUUCCGUGAUGCUGUAGAGAUCGUGAAACUGAACAACAGAAUUGCUAAACUAAGAAAGAUGUAUUGUAAAGGUGAUGAGGCAGAAACCGAUAUCGAAGAGAACGACAGUUCGUCAUGUAUGUCAGCAGAAACUCUCUCUUCGUUAAAGAAUUUAAGUCUGAGCGAACAGUCGACCAAUAGUUCCUGUCUCAGCGAGCAAGAAAAAAAGCUGAAAUCUGCUCUCACACAAGAUGCUUUUGCUCAACUGGUCAGGGCCGCGAGAAAAAAUCAGGAGAAAGUUAUGAAUUACAAAGAGCCCUCACAAAACUCGAGCAACGCUGCUAGCGACAGCGUUUAG